AUGAACUCGAUCAAUGGCGAAUCCGUCCUCACACUCCAGGUUAACUCCAGCUUGGUAUCGGGAUUCGCAGCUCUGAUUUUCGACAUCCUUCUCUUGGGCAUUAUCAGAUACCAUGCUCAACUACUCUGUGCAGCUGCAAAUAUUGCCUUGCUCUACGACUAUCGCUGCCCCAUUCGCCCGGCAACCACCAGAUGGGCAGCACUAACCGGGGGACCCACUGGCCCGAUCCUGCUCGUCCGUUUUCUUGCUUUUCUCAUCAUGCUCUCUACUGCUGCUGUCAUUAUUCUGGGCUUUUGCAUCAAUGGCGAAACAGUUCCGGAGUUUGAAAAUAGGAUGUAUGGGGCGGUUGUUAAUUUCACAGGCAUGCCGACGAAGUUCGAUUUCGCAAACGAAUUUGAACUACAGCCUCCUGGGUGUAGCGGCGACUCAUGCAAACGAAUGGUCAGCAAACGUAUUCUUGCACUUACGGACCCUUCCCGAUGUACGGAAAAAAACUUUACCCACGGUUUCGUGUAUUCUUAUGCAUACAGAGACUUGACUCUAGAUGACAAGAAAGAGGAACUUGUUCAACUUUACCCCGGCGGUAUCUGUGUCAACGAGAAACAAUUCAACGAGUCCUGGGUGAGCCGCUCAUACAGAAUGAGCAACAGCGCUGAUUUAGAUUGCGUUCUUGACGCCAUCGAUAACCCCUUCGGCGAAGGCCCUGCUUCGGGUGGUCCCCGCAAAGUUGAGCCAAUUAUAGACUCGUGCCCAAUGGAAGUGAAAGAUAUGUACUGCUAUAAGACUGAUAGAACGUCUUGUGCGGCAUGGGGCAUUUCCGAAAUCGAUACGGGAACAGCUUACUACGUAGUCCUCAUACCGGACAUCGAAACGAUGAACGAAGAAAGCAAUAGAAUUCCCUCGGCGAUAGCCAAGGGAGACCCAGCUGGGUAUGUUGCCAACGUCGCCUUCCUAAGUGCAGUUGGGUUCAAUGGUGGACCUUCUAGACUCAGCAGCAUGGCGGUGAGUGAAGUUUUGCAGAACGUCACUCUUAAUCGCAAACAGGCUAUCAGGAACGUCAGCACGAUCGAUCUUAGGAUAGCUAUACCUACAUUCGCAGUUCUGGCGACAACUGCACUGGUGCUUGUGGUAUUAGCCCUUGCUUCAUGGGUGCGUGUGGUUCUGCUGAAAGGUCGAAGUGAGUACAACACGUUUUCCUCGGUCCCGGAAAUUCUGGAGCUUGUCGUUGUAGAGAAAGCUUCCAAAUUUAAAGGAAGGAAGACAUCAAGGAGGUUCAUUGGGAUAUCCAAAGAGGAUUCAUGCAUUGUUGUAUGUGAUGAAGACAAUAAGAAACAGUAUACAGGUUCGGACUGGCCUGAAGAGGCCAUAAACUAA